UUAGCAACUCUAAAAGAAGUUGCUAAGUUUAAAUACCAACUUAUUGGUAUCUUUUGCAAAAAAUACUUUCUCUCUCUUAAAAAAAAACUCCUCAUUUCUCACCAUUGGAGAUGGUUUUAUCUCAAUUGUUUUUGAAUUUUAAUAAAAAAUAAAAAUAAAAAAUUGCUGUAUUAAAUUUGUCAAUUUCAAUUUCCAAAUUUCUUCAAAUUUCACGCAAUUAUUUCACGUGAUUUCCCCCCAUUUUACCCAAGGAAACAAAAAAAAAAUAAAAAUAAAUUAAAUGGACCCAGUCCACCGCGCACACCUUCUUUCGCCUCUCUCUCACAUCUCAGCGAGCAGCACCUUACCUCUUACCAAACCACUUCCCACCCUUUGCUCGCCAAAAAAAAAAAAAAAAACCAUCGUCUUUCUCAGCCGCCUUUCUCCGGCGACCGGAAACAGGCGACCAUUCAACGCCGACGAUAUUUGACACCAAGGUAACCGCAGCUGCAACUCGACGCUCCCUUCUUUCGGUGGUUUUUAGCCCUAAUGUUCAAUUCUCAAUUAUCUCCAGUUGAUUCCCAAAGUUUAGGGUUUUUCCGAUUAAACCCUAGAUCUGAAAAACCCUGGAUUUUCUUCACACAAAGCUGAGAUUUUACUCCUUUAAAUUCUGAAUUCAUAGAAUAGAAUUACAAUUCACAGUUGGUCGAAAACUAUGAAGAGCAGGUCGAAUCGUAACCCGACAUCCGACCCGCCGGAUGACUGGGUAGACGGUUCAUGGACAGUGGAUUGCAUUUGCGGCGUGAAUUUCGACGAUGGAGAGGAGAUGGUGAAUUGCGACGAGUGUGCUGUUUGGGUUCACACUCGUUGCGUUCGUUUCGUUAAGGGGGAGAAAUCAUUCGCUUGUGAUAAGUGCAAGAGUAAAGGUAGUAGGAUUAACAAUGAUAGCGAAGAGACCGAGGUUGCGCAAUUGCUCGUUGAAUUGCCCACCAAAACAAUCAAGAUGAGUAGUGGGAAUAGUAAUGUUUAUAGUACUAGUAAUUCUUAUGGUUUUAGUAAUCAUCCUCCACCUCCGCCCCCACCUCGAAGACCGCCUUAUCGAUUGUGGGCGAAACCGAUGGAGGAGAGGGUACAUGUGCAGGGGGUUCCUGGGGGUGCUGAUGAUCCUAGUCUUUUUCAAGGGUUUCCUAUACUUUUUGGGUCGGAGUUGUGGAAGUGUAGUGGUUAUGUUCCUAAGAAAUUUAAUUUUAGGUAUAGGGAGUUUCCCUGUUGGGAGAAGGAGCAGGAUGAUGGGGAGGAUGAGGCGAAAGCGGAUGGGAGCCCUGAGAAUGUGAUUGAUAGAGGGGCCGGUGUGUUGUACUCUUUGUCGAAAGAGGGUGGGGUUGUUAGUAUGAGGGGAGGUCAGUCUAAAGGUGGUGGUUCUGAUAGGAAAGGUUCUAAGGAUAGGAAAUUGGAGAAUGGUGAAUCUAAGAAGUUGGGUUCGCCUGGUUUGUCGAAGAAAGAAAAGGGUAUAGGUAGGUCGAUUGUGGUACAUUGUAGUAAGAGAAGUAGAGAAGAUUUGGGGUCGUCGAAGGAUCGUGGUGUGAAGAAGAAAAGUAAAGCUAGUCAUAGAGAACAGGAUGAUGUGAAGAAGAGUAAAGUUCAAAAUUUUAAAGCAGUUGUCAUACAUUCAACUAGUGCUAGGCAAGCUGAAGUGUGUGAAAGCAAAUCUCACAAAGUAGCAUCAAAUGGUAGCCUAUCUGAGGGUAGUAACAUAGAAAAACCCAAGAGAAAUGCUGCUACUGAUGAGGGAAAUUUGAUACUUAGGUCCCCAGAGGUGGCUGGACUUGGGUGUUCAAUUGAAAAGAGGGUCAAAGCAGAAAAGCCUGGCCAUGAUGCUACUGAUAGUUCUCAGAAGUCUGCUAAAACCGAUGCAGUCGUUGUGGAGAAGGACAACAACACAAUUAGUCCUAUAAAGAAAGAGGGACUUGUUUUAGAUGUCAUGGAUAAAAAUCAAGGAGUGCUGCCAGUUGUUCCAGAAGGCCGAACUAGUGAUAUUUCGACGCUAAAGCCUAUCACUGAAGAUGUAGAUAAUGCUAGGGUUGAAGUUAAUAAUACUGGGGUUGCUAAGGAUAUAGAGACUACUGUGACUUUGAUCUCUGGACAUUGUGCUAGUAAAACAGAAUCAGAUAUUGAUAAUCCUAAUGGGGUUUUGAGGAGUCAUCCUUCUGAUAUUGAUGUGGAGUUACAUUGUUCUGAGCAAAUAUCAUCUCCUGAUCGAGAAUGUGAGGACUUCAAACGGAAUGAGGCUGUUGCAACUAGUUCCCAGCCCCUUGGGCAAGAGGUUCAAGACAAUGGAAAAACUUUUGAGGCACUGAGUGGCAAUCAGCUCGUGAAAGAUGAAGAAUUAGUGGAAAAUCAAUGUAAUAACAAAGUGAAUUGUGAGGGUUUAGAAAAUUCCGUUGAGGUGCAAAGAACACUUUCUGACAUUAAAGAAGUUUCAAAAGUUACAGGUGAGAUAUCAAAAUUGAGUGGGGAAAUCCGACCUCCACCAGCCAGUUAUCAUAAAACAGUGUCUGUUGGAAAAUCGUCGCCAAGCUCUUCAACUAUUGUCAUCUCUAGGUCUUGUCUUUCUGAUAAAAAUAGGGCUGGAAGCUCACAGAAUCAUAGUUCCAUUGGCAAACGAGCGUUGUCAAAUUUGAGUAUGGGUACUAAGAAGGAAAAUGCACCUCUUGGUCAAGCUAAAGAUGAAGAUAAAUAUGAAAAAACAAAAAGCAUGUUUAAAGAUCAGUCAAAAUCUUCUACCAAUGCUGUGUUGAAGGCAUCACAGCCAAGCAAGCCUCUGACAAGUCCUAGUCUUAAACAUCAUACUUCUCUAGGAAAGGAUUCAUCAAGGCAUUUAUUUUCAAAAAAGUCCUCCACUGAUGGUGCCUUGCUUCCUUCAAGUACUGACAAGACUGCUGCGACACAGCAGACUCAACAUGCUUCAACUGGGCAAAGUAAAAAUACAGCCUCUGCUGGACAACAUAGAGGGGAAAAAGUUCUUCAGCCAAACUUGCAGUCAUCCAAGUCAACUCAGUCAUCUUUGGGUCACCUGCCACCUUCGUCAAGUGCCCCUGCUGGAUUAAGUGAUGAAGAGCUUGCUUUGCUCUUACACCAGGAACUUAACAGUUCCCCCAGAGUUCCUCGAGUACCACGUGUACGUAAUGCUGGGAGCUUACCUCAGUUAUCUUCUGCCUCUGCAACAAGCAUAUUUAACAAGCGCAGUGCUAGUUCUGGAGGGAAAGAUCAGCAGACAUUUUCAAGAAGAAAGAACAAGGAUGGGUCUCGCAAUUCUCGUGAUCUAGAUAAUGAAGCUAGGAAGGUAGACAGGGCACCUUCAUCUCCUGAUUCCGUAAAAACAUCUGAUGCAACUCAAGCAGAAUGUGAGUCAAUACAUUCUGUGAGGAAGAAUGGCGAAGAUGUCUCCACAUCAGCAGCAAAUAGUGGUCCAUCCUCCACUGAUGCUAAUGAGCGGAAAUCAUCAUCUACGCGUGAUUCCCCUGUCAAUAAGCCUGAAGAUGAUACAGGCACAAAUAAGGGCCUUGCUCCAAUUCAUCGCACUCUGCCAGGACUAAUUGCUGAAAUUAUGGGCGCGGGCAGGCGUAUGACAUAUGAAGAAUUGUGUAAUGCUGUCCUUCCGCAUUGGCAAAACUUGAGAAAGCACAAUGGCGAGAGGUAUGCCUACUCCAGUCAUUCUCAAGCUGUACUUGAUUGUUUGAGGAACCGGUCUGAAUGGGCACGAUUGGUUGAUCGUGGUCCCAAGACUAGUGCAAGUCGAAAGAAGCGCAAGGUUGAUGUUGAGCCUUCUAAUACCGAGUCAGAAGAUGGUGAGGACAGAACUCGUAGAACUGGUAAGAGCAAGAGUUUUGAUUCAAAUAAAGAUGAAUUUCCUAAGGGCAGGAGGAAAGCUCGAAAGCGUAGGAGAUUAGCCUUACGAGGAAGAGGGGUUAAAGAUGAUCGUAGAAGAACGAAGAAGGGAGCAGGUUCUGAUGACUCUGGCUCAUUUUCUAAUUCCAGUGAAGACAGUGGUUCUAGUGAUGAUGACAGCCAAGGAAGCGGUCGUGCAGCUAAAAGUGAAGUUUCUGCCAGUUCAGCUGAUAAUGCUGCCUUAUAGUGUAAACUCUGAAGCAUGUAAAAUCCAGUUGACAGCAAGUGUUAUAUACUAAUGUGGUGCGGGAAACUCCAGUAAAACGUCGAGAGUUAUAUACUUAAAUGCGGUGUCGUUUCUCAGCAGCCAAUCCCAUAUCUCCUCAUGGCCUUGGAAAACAUUUGGUUUAUUGCAAGAGCAGGAAUGCUGUUAUCUUGCUGUGUUAAAUGUGUUGCCUUCAAGUUUUGAGGAGAUGGGCAUGCUUGCUUUCUUCCCCUAGAGGAAAUGAUUCCAGUUUAAGUGUUUACUAUAGAGAAAUACAAAGUAGGUGUUAGUGUAAAUACUUAAAUUUAGUAUACCUUUUUGUAGCUCUUUUGUUGGAGGUUGGGGGAGGUGGAGAAAUCACGAUAUUUAAUCAUCCUUUCAACUCUGAUCCAGCUUGAUUACUUUGAUAUGUAAAGUCCUGUAAAUUCUAUAAUGCAUAUUAAUUGCUGAUUUGCCUAUCAUAUUCGUAGUUGUUGCUAUUGA